AUGCCUCUGAACAAUGGCGCCAAAGCGGCGAACGAGCACCUUAUCUUCGUUAAAAACGUCCCCGGCUACAUCGAGACAGACGAGUUAAAACGAAUGUACGAGAGCUACAAUCCGACAAGCCUUAAGAACGUCUAUCCGAAUAGCAAUGUUACCACCAUCGUCGUCGGCUUCCGCACCAAAGCCGAAGCAGCGCGUGCUCAAGAGGAGACAGACCAGACGCGCAUAGCAAACGUCAUUCUCAAAGUGGAAAUGUACAAUCAGCGGCAGUCGGUGAGAUACCUGAGGGAUCAAGGGCAAGCGAGUCGGCCGCUGGGAAUGGCGGAGCAAGACGAACCAGGAUACUUCGACGAGCCAGCGCAAGAAGACGCGCCCGUCUUCACGCCACCGCUGGAACCAUACGUCGCGAGAGAUCCCGCGGCGGCGCCACAGGGUACUACGUGGGCUGACAUCGCUGGCAAUCGAGCUGCUCCGAUCAAGCACACGGGCAAGCUAGAAGAAACAGACAGCCCAGCUACCGUACCAUCCACACCGAACUUCACACCCCGCAUGCCAAUAGCUGUCCCGCAGAAGCUCCUCCCAGCCGGUCAACCGCAGCCAGGUAGCUCACCACCCCCAGCAGCCGUCUCACUAGGACACAGCACUCCCGAAGCCCUGACCAUCCCGCCGGCCGUCACCGAUAUGAGCACCGACAGUGGCAGCGACACCACCGAUGAGACCGAAGAGCGCGACAGGAUGAUUAGCGAUAUCGCCAUCUGGCAAGCGACUGCACAAUGGGCGACCGAGACCGGUGGUUACCAAUCGCCGGGUCAAGAGCCAGAGCCUCUCGAUACUACAGCGCGGAUUCGGCAACGACAUUGUCGGGACUGCGUGUUUUGUCAGAUGCGGAAUCGCUCUUAG